CUCUUUUUGCCUAUCAUUUCUGGAUGAGUAGAAACCAAAGGAUGUUUGUGUUAACCUCUGCUGCAGCUGUUAUACUCUUCCGGGCUGAGCUGUCAAUUCUUUUAGGCUUGAUAGCCUUAGAAGAAAUUGUUUUAGGGAGAUUAAACAUAUUACAAAUAUUUUGCUGGGGAAUUCCUUCAGGCUUAUGGAUGCUAGGUUUAACGUUUUGUGUUGAUUCUUUGUUUUGGAUGCGCCCAGUUUGGCCAGAAGGGGAAGUCUUAUGGUUUAAUAUUUAUUUAAAUAAAAGUUCUGAAUGGGGUACUUCACCUUGGGCGUGGUAUUUUUACUCAGCAUUGCCACGAGCUUUGUUACUUUCAAUAUUGUUUGUACCAUAUGCCUUUAAAUUAGAUUAUCGAGCCAGACUAAUACUGUAUCCUGCUUUUGGAUUCAUUAUUUUGUAUUCUUUUUUGCCUCACAAAGAGCUACGUUUUAUUAUGUAUACAGUUCCUCUUCUAAAUGUUGCUGCUGCAAGAACAUGUGCACAUAUAUGGAAUAACAGGAACAAGUCUUCCAUGCAUGGUUUGCUAAUGCAAAGUGUUAUCUUCCAUCUUAUGAUAAAUUUCUUUGGCACAUCUCUAAUGUUGAAUAUUUCUUAUUACAAUUAUCCUGGUGGCUUUGCUGUAAAUAAACUUCAUGAAGUUGAAAGUGGCCUACAAGAUGUAAAUGUGCAUUUUGAUGUGUUUAGCUGUCAAACUGGUGUAUCUCGAUUCUCUGAAGUUAAUCCUAGGUGGAAGUACAAUAAAUCUGAAGAAUUAUCUUUAAAAAGUUUAGAAAUCAUGCAGUUUACACAUCUACUAGUUGAAUGGACUGAUGAUAUUGGACAUAAUGAUGCUUUUUACCUCCGUACUCACUCUGUAAUAAACAUAACUAAUGCUUAUUCACAUUGGACUCUUGAGCCUUCAAUGUAUCCUCCAAUUCAGGUGCAUGUUAAACCUAAAAUUUUGUUAUUAAAAAGGAUACUUUCCUAUCCAUCAUUAAUUGUAGAUACUAAAAGUAUAGGUUCACAUAAAAUUUAAUAACAAAAGA